AAAAUAUUUUUAAACUCAAAUCAGACGACAUGGCGAUCUCUGCGGAAAGGCUGGACGAGCUCUUCGUGGAGGAAGUGAUUGAAGUGGGCAAGAUGAUUGUUAAAUUGCAGGCCAAGGAUCACAUCAUACCCAUCUGCAACCGCUGGCUUAACAUCUUCCAUCGGGCCUCGUCCGAGGAAAGAUUCGAGCGGAAUUGGCUGAUGCUGGAGCUGCACGCACAGCUGAACAGGAAGAGCAACAUUGGCUAUCCCUUUACGGAUCCCAGCAGCUAUCAAAUGAAGUUGAGCGCACUGAAAGAGCGCUGCGAGCACAGGCCAAAGUUCCAUUGCGAGUCUGUGGCCAUCAAAAAAGUGAGUGCCAUUUCGAUUAGCCAAGGAAACGUCGACAUUGAGGCGCGCAAUCAGCAAAUGUUGCAGCAAAAUGCUGCCUUAAGCAGCGAGCUGAAGGAGCUGCUAUUGAUGGAAGAAAAGCUGCAGCAGUCAAGGAAAAGCCUUAAGAAAAAGCACAAGGAAACGCUGGCUGAGGAAGGCGACAUGCAACUGCUCGCCGCCUCCGCCACCACAGCGCUCAAACUGCUGUCCACCAAAGCAGGUGCCAAAGCAAAGAGUCAAUUCUUUAAGACACUCUUCAGUCCGUUGUGUCCGGACGAGAAGGCUGUGGAACAAGUGGAGCAGCUUGACACGCUGUUCGAUGCGCUAUUGCGUGGUCGCAUCGUUGAUUACAAGCACCAGCAGCGCAGCCUGGUGGUGCAGCAGGUGGGCACGGAGUACGACAAGUUGUUGGCCAGUGCCAGGGAACAUUACGGCAACGUUAUGGAACGGCAACUGGCUGCGCAGGAGAAGGAGCUGGCGCUGACCAGCUUGCGGUAUUUGGAGGUGCUGCGCCAGCACUUUGUCAUGAAUUACACGGGAAACGACAGCACCAAGGAGGCGGUUCUGCAGUUCCUGCAGCAGAGCUGCCAGCAGAUGUCGGAGGUACUAUAA